AUGCAAUCCGGGUUAAUUUCUUCGGAGCAAUCUCAAAUUCUCUUCCGGAUUUUGAACAGUGGUUUCCAGAAUCUAGACACGAUUAAGGACCGCUUUUCUCGCAUUUAUCGAUUAUGCGCAGAUUUUUUGUACUCCGAAUCCGUCAAUCUUCGUUUGCUUGAUCCUAGGUGCUUUCAAGGAAGAGAUGAAUCGGCUAUCGGCAGUAUGCAUAACCUAUAUGAACUAGGAGAGGAAGAUAAGAAACGGGACAGCAAUGGUGGUGAUAAUGGAGAGUGUUCGGCCGCAGUUUUUAAUGGUUUGGAUGCAAUGCUGAAGGACAGUUUGGAUCGGUUGAGAAGUAUGAGGCAAAACAUAUCCUGGGAUCAAUUGGGAAUCAAAUGUGGUUCCUUUGAAAGAAGCUAUAAUCUUGAUGUAAGAAUGAUUAGAUCUCUGUGUUUGGAGGGUAAGAUUGGGGUUGCUCUAUUUCUCUGUGGUAACAUGAUACAAAAGGGCUCUAUUCCUGAUAUUAUCACUCAUAAUAACCUCAUAAAUGGACUUUGUAAAACUGGUCACUUGGAGAAGGCUGAAUGGCUUUUGGGGCAGAUGCUGCUUAGGGGCCCUUUUCCAAAUUGUGCUACUUACAACACUUUGAUAAAGGGUUAUUGCCAUCUGAAUAAGAUUGACAGAGCGCUUGAUAUCUUUUCAACAAUGUCCAACCAUGGGAUUUUCCCAAAUAGAGUCACUUGCAACAUUGUUGUACAUGCUCUUUGCCAGAAAGGUCUCGUGGAGGAUGGAAGGAGGCUUUUUGAAAAAUUUUUGGGUGAUACUUACCGUGAUGACAAAUCAGAUUUGAUAACUUCGACUAUGCUUAUGCAUGGUUUCUUUAAAAAUGGAGAUUUAGAGCAGGCGCUUACUCAGUAUGAGAAAAUCUUCGGCAGGGACAUCUCAGCUGAUAUUGUUGCCUAUAAUGUAGUUAUACAUGGCUUUUGUCUGAACAAAGAUGUGGCUAUUGGUUAUAAGUAUGCAUGCCAAAUGAUUAAGAGUGGUUUUCUUCCUGAUAUCAUUUCUUACAAUUCUAUUAUUGGUGCUCUAUGUAAAGAAGGACGGGUGAAUGAGGCUUGCAAUAUCUACAACCAUAUGUCAAGGAUGGGUGUUUCUCCUAAUAAAAUCACUUUCAAGAUGUUAAUACAGGGGCUUUGUUAUCAUGGAGAUGUGACAAAAGCUGACCAGCUUCGUUUACGUAUGAUAGAUGGUUCUAUUGUGCCUGAACACAUUAUUUGGAACGCCAUAAUUGACAGUUAUGGGAGGUCAGGCAACUUGCAAAAGGCAUGGUCCACCCUAGAACAUAUGGUUGCUUUGGGAGUUUCGCCAAAUACAUUUACAUAUAAUGCACUGAUUCGUGCACAACUUAAAAUUGGAAAUAUGAAGGAAGCACUUUCUUUGAAAAUGGAGAUGCUUCAAAAUGGUCCCUUACCAGAUAGUGUGACAUACAAUUUAUUUUUAGGCGCUGCUUGCUAUAAUGGUGACAUUCAGUUUGCAUUUCAUCUGUAUGAUGAAAUGCUUAGAGUAGGUAUCUAUCCAGACAUGGUUACAUACACUAUCAUUCUUAAGUGUUAUUGUCUUGAAGGUAAAGUUCAGGAGGCGGAAGAGUUCUUUGUCAAGUUACAGGGUAUUGGAUUGAAGCUCGAUCAUGUUCCAUUCUUAGUGCUGAUGAAAAAGUAUUGCAAGAUGGGAGAGCUAGAUAAAGCAUUUGAACUAUAUCAGAAGUGGCUGGUAGUAAGCAAUUAA